CACAUUCUCGUCCCGGGUUUCAAAAAUAAAACUGGGAGCUGACGAUGUUCAAAACAAUAGUUCUUGUGCUUCUGCUUUGGGGGUUUACCACCACUACUGAAGAAAUACCACUCCCAACCUCAGUUUCUUCAACGAAAAGUACUGGGCCAGUGACCAAAUCUGGAAUCACGAGUGCUGAAACUACAGGAGAGUUUACCACCACUACUGAAGAAAUACCACUCGCAACUUCAGUUUCUUCAAUGAUAAGGCCUGGGCCAGUGACCACGUCUGGAACCACAAGUGCUGAAACUACAGGAGGGUUUACCACCAUCACUGAAGAAACACCACACACAAUUUCAGCUUCUCCAGUGACAACUACUGGGCCAGUGACAACGUCUGGAACCACAAAUGCUGAAACUACAGGAGGAAUUACUUCUACCACUGAAGAAAUAGCACUCACAACUUCAACAACUAUGGGGCCUGUGACCACGUCUGGAACCACGAGUCCUGAAACUACAAGAGGGCUCAUCAACACUAUUGAAGAAAUACCACUCACAACUUCAACUUCUCCAACAACUACUGGGCCAGGGACCACGUCUGGAACCACGAGUGCUGAAACUACAGGAGGACUUACCCCCAUCGCUGAAGAAAUGCCACUCACAACUUCAGCUUCUCCAGUGUUAACUACUGGGCCAGUGACCACAUCUGGAUCCACGAAAGUUGAAACUACAGGAGGAAUGACCUCCACCACGGAAGAAAUACCACUCACAACUUCAACUUCUCCAAUGACAACGAAUGGGCAAGUAGCCAUGUCUGGAUCCGAGAAUGCUGAAACUACAGGAGUCAUUUUAAUCAUCGGUUCUGUUCUGGCAAUUGGUACCAUCUUCCUGUUGAUCCUUUGUGCCAUAGCACAGAAGAUGCCUUCACAAACAUAUACAACACAUCUCACAUAAGACAACAUGGCUGAUUCUGCUGGAAAUUGGAAGAUUGACUGGGAAAGUACGGUGUUACUUGAACCUUCACAUAUAUGAUCUGCCUCAUCUGCAACAGACAAGUGGACCUGUCCUUUAUGGCUGACUCUUUGAUCUUUGUGUUAGAGAAUGCGUAAUUUAUCUUGGUAAAAAAAAAAUGAACUCAAGUAUUAGUAGGGCGAUUCCCAUAAUGCAGUGCUGGUUUAAGGGGCAACUGUGGGAAAACAUAAUUCACUAGUAAGGUUGAGAAUUUACUCCAAGUGAAAACCAAUCUAUAGUCACAGUGAUGCUUGUGAAACAACUGAGGGUCACGAAUGUUCCUUUAAUAAUCUGUAAAGCUAUGUGGUUUGUCUAACGAUGAAAAAUCCAAUGAUUACAUUGGAUUUCUGCAUUGCUUGUUAUAAAUACAUGUAAAAUCUCAACUUCUACAAGUAUUUUUAGUCGUUCAAUAUUUUUGAUGAAAUAAAAUAGAAAUAGUGGUAAAACACCAACACACCUGAA